AAUAAAGAGGAAGAGAGAAAAAAAAGAAGAACAGGGCGGAGCAGGGAAGAAGGGAGGGACAGGGGGAGGAGGAGGAGGAGGAGGAAGAGGAGGUAUAAGAAGGGAAGAAGAGCGGGCUGUCUACUCUUCCUUCCGACGCGCUCGUAAGAUGAAAAUCCAGGUCUUAGUGGCGGUGGUGACGGCGCUGGCGGGGCAGGUGGUAGGUGAUACAAAGGUGGUGAGCUUGCCCGGCUACUCCUACGCCUACCACAGCGCCGGCGUCCCAGCCUUCGGGAGCGCCGCUGUCCACUACGCCGCCGCGCCCCAAGCCGUCCAGUACUCCGUCCCACAUGCCGUUCAGUACGUAGCCACCGCCCCCGCUGUUCACGCUGUCCAGUAUGCGGUGCCACAGGCUGUCAAGUACGCUGCUGCUCCUGUGGCCGCUGUUCGUUCCGCUCCGAUGGUCUACAGCGCCGCUACCUACAGCCGACCCGCCGCAGCAGUCCUCAAGAAGGUGGACUUCGAUGACGACACUGAUGAUGUGAAGAUCCCUCUGACGUACGCCGGUUACAGAAGUGUCAUACGCGAAAGCCUAGAGGAUGACGAUGACUGGCGUGGAGCGUCCCCUUUCGGCUACAGCGUGUUUGAUGACGAGGACCGCUUCGAUUUCGAUGAUGACCGCAAGUAGUCUGUUCGUCAGGCGUUCAAGAGAGGCCCCGGAGAAGCUUGUUGCGGCCUUUCUUGAUGACUUCGAUGAUGACGAUGACCGCUACGACUUCGAUAACGACCAUGAUGACCGCAAGUAGCCCGUCAGUCAGUCAGGUCCUCAAGAGAGACCCAGAAGCUUGUUGAGGUCUUUCUUUUUUUACUUCGAUGAUGACGAUGACCGCUACGACUUCGAUAACGACCAUGGUGACCGCAAGUAGCCCGUCAGUCAGUCAGGUCCUCAAGAGAGACCCAGAAGCUUGUUGAGGUCUUUCUUUUUCUACUUCGAUGAUGACGACCGCGAGUAGCCCGUCCAUCAGUCGUUGAGAGACCAUGAAGGACUUGUUGAGGUCUUUUUUUUACUUCGAAGAUGACGACCACUAGGAGUCAGCCAGUCGUUCAAAAGAGACCCAGAAGCUUGUUGAGGUCCUUCUUUUUUACUUCGAAGUUGACGACCACUAGGAAUCAGCCAGUCGUUCAAAAGAGACCCAGAAGCUUGUUGCGGUCUUUCUUUGGGACUUCGAUGUUGACGGGCGCUUAUGGUAAUCAGUCAGUUGUAGGAAGUAUGUUGCAAGUUAUUGUUCUUCGCUGUAGUAUGUGUAGGCAUUUACUUAAAGACUUGUUCCUUGUAGUAUGAGGCUUCCAUAGUAAAUAUUUUUGUGUA